AUGCCUUUGGUACUCUACUCUUUGCUCAUCACCCUGUGCAACGGUAAGUGGGGAACUUUGCCUUUUUCAUUCUGGUCUUUCGCAUUUAUUUUAUGAGUAUGUGUUUUGGGAUAACACGGGGGAUAUACCUGGGCAAUCUCUUUUAAAGGUGAUGUGGACCUGUGCUUUGCAGGUUGGUGCUUCAUCAGUGAGGCUUCUGUGGCAGUCCCAGAUGUUGCUGUGAGAUGUGCUGAAGAAGUCUUGCUGCCCUGUAAAGUUCUUCGGGACUCCUCCAUUGCCUACCAGACGGCAUCUUGGUAUAAAAUGGCAGGAGAUGGCAAAGGAAUAGCAUGGAAAAUCCUUGAUGUGGAAUCUCAUUAUACAAAAGCACUUGGGGGGUCCCUGGAGCUCUCCAAUGACACCUUCUUUUCUCUGAGGAUCAAAAACACAACCAGGCAAAACAGUGGGACAUAUAAGUGCACUUUGGGGGAACACAGUGGAGAACAUAAUCUGAGCAGUGUGGUCACUUUAAAAGUAACAGGUUGUCCUGGAAUAGAAGAUGAAAAAUUAAAAAAAUACAAAGCUGAACUUUUCAUGCUGACUUGCCUUGGGAUUUUUUACUUGCUGCUCAUCUUAUUUACCUGUACAUGUCUAAGAAAAGAGAGUAUGUCUCCCAAUUAUCAAAAAACCAGACUAGAUAUGAAACACAUGCUCACGCUCAUCAGUUUACAAGAAAUGACAACUUUCCAGGAUAAAAACAGUGACAGCACUUGCAAAAAGGAGCUUACUUCAAGUUUUGUCUAA